AUCAUCAAAUUAUUGAGUGCAGCUGCCAUCGACUUUCCCUGCCCAUAAGGCCCAUCUCUCAUAAUGAGGCUGCUCACUGAUGUUGAUUUUGAUGGUAAGUUGAAGGAAUACCUGAUUUGUUUACGAUGGAAGUGAAUCAGUGGUUGAGUUGGGAUGUGAAGUAGUGGUUGAUUGACCCCACAAACCAUAUUCCACAAAGCAACGUGAAAUGAAAUCUCUUUAUCUAUGCGACAAAACUUAUAAACCUACUUCUUCUACCUGCUUUGCUUUCCUCCACAAAUUUCAGGAUGGGAAGAAUGGUGAUGGUGGAUGAGAAAUUCUGUUUCGAAGAAGAAACGCAGCUAACCGUGCAUAAGACUUCAGUGUUUUAUCGAGGAGAUGGGUUUGUGGUAUACAACCCAAAAGGGGAGCUGAUGUUGAGGUUCGAUUCUUACUACGGCCCCCAUGGCCAUCCACUACCAAAAGACGAGCUGGUUCUCAUGGACGCCACUGGCAACUGCCUUCUCACCCUCAUUCGCAAGAAGCCAAGUCUCCAUCAAAGGUGGGAAGGAUUAUUGGGCGAAAAAGCAAAAAAUGAAAGCCCAAUUUUCUGUGUCCAUCGAUCAUCCAUCAUCGGACGGUCAAAUGUUGUAGUGGAUGUAUACGGUGAUCCAAGCCAGGAGUACCAUAUAGAUGGCUCCUAUCCCCAUCGUUGCUGUACAAUCUACAACACUUCUUUAGAGAGCUCAUCAAAGGAACCAAUGGCUGAGAUCAAAAGAAAAGUGGACCCCUCCACUCAUGUGAUGCUGGGCAAAGAUGUGUUUUUGUUGUGUCUUAGGCCAGGGUUUGACAGUGCAUUUGCAAUGGCCUUAGUCCUCAUUCUUGAUCAAAUGUUUGAUGAUGCUGAAAUUGAUGACGAUGAUACCAAAGAGGAUCCUACUCAUGUUGCACUGGAUUCUUCCUCUUAACCCGCUUUUUUACUACUUUUUUAAAAUAAAAUUUAAUCUGAUUAAGUCAAA